AUGGCUGCUGCUGAUGUUUUAUUUACUCAACCUGGUGUAAAUUAUGAUGAUCAACUUUUUUUAAAUGAAUAUCAAAACAUUUUCGAUACUGGUAAUACUUCAUAUGGUGCAACACAUUAUGGUGUUACUGGUGGUUUAAGGAGAGUAGGAGCUGUAGGUGAUUAUGGUUUUCCAUUACUAACAGAUGCUGUUUACGGAGGUGAUCGUUUGUAUAAUGGAGCUGAAUUUGGAAGUGCUGACUAUGAUGUAUCAUCAUGGUAUGGUUUAUCAGCUGCUGAUUUAGCUGCAUCACAAACGGCCGGUUUUCAACAGUAUAUAACAGAUACGCAAGGUCUCUACAGCAAUCUUCGGCCACGAAUUAUACGUCGUCGAGUACCAGGUGGUGGUGUAACUUACCAACAAAAUGCCGGAGUUCAAUACCUUCAACCAUCAACUAGUCUACGACCACGUUCACUUAUCAUCAGAGAUAUGCGGUCACGUCAACCACCACCACCACUUCCACUUCGUAUUCGUCAACAAGUUCGACCACUUCCUCCAGCACCCCCACUUAUCUUAAAUGAAAGACCAUUAGCUCCACCAGCUCUUGUUCCUUCUCAAACUUUGGUCCGACGAUUCAAUACUCUUCCUGUUCCACCUCGACCAGUAGUUGUCGAAAGUUUACCACCACUUCCACCUAGACCUCGACCUGUUAUUCUUCAACGAUGGCUUCCAUACAGAGUACAAGCUAAACGAGGAACAAUUGUCCAACGUGCACCAACAGUUAUACCAUAUCCAAUACCACGCAAUAUUGUCGUUCAAUAUGAGCCUACUUCAACGCGUGUUUUGAGAAAUGUUCAAUGUGUUGGUGUUAUUCAAGCAGAUCCUCAAGAUUAUAUUCGACGUUACGGUGCAUCACUAUUGGAUUCAAAUACACUGGAACGAAUAGCACGAGCUGCUGGUGUUAUGGAAAAUAUUUCGCCACCUAUUUUAGGCAGUUCAAUAGCUGCUAACUCAUUUCAAUUUGGUUCGUCUACUGGUACUCUUGGGUAUGAUGCUGGAGUAGUUGAUUUUAAUGGUACUGACUUAGAAGCUACUUUCGACGGUAAUUCAUUAGAUGUUUUAUCUCAAGAUAAUUUCUGA